UCAACGGAGUACAAAUGUCUAGAUAUCUGUAGUAUGUUGCGGUAUUCCUUGAACACGAACCUGGAAUCCAUUAUAUAACAUUUGGGUCGGAAUUCUCCGUUUUGCUUAUUGUGACAGCGCCAAUGAUGUUAUAAGGAAACGGAAGUGUACUAAGCUAUAACCUUGCUCAGUACCUUGACGGGACGGGAACGCGUGUUGUGCAGAAUGAGAUUAUACCACUGGUAUUAUGCCGAAAUCUAAUCCUAUUUACAUUUCUUAAAAAAACUUUUGUUAGCGCUGGUAUCGCCGUGUCAUAACUUGUAUUUAUUAGCUACCUCAAAUAGGACUGAGCCAUGAAUAGGACAAUAAUAAGCCGGGUGCUGCGACUUUCCAACGGAACUUUAGGACUGUCUAAUUCAAAGCCUUCCCUCCUCACAGGAGGUGCCACUGCCACAUCCUCCGGCUAUCAAUUAACCCCCAUCUUCUUCCCGCUAGCCUCUAAAUGUUGUUAUUCCUCCAACGUCAGGGUGCGUUCAUAUCUCCAGUAUAUUAAACGCAAGAUCCAGCCACCUACCUGUCCUCCCUAUAAUCACGUUUGCCAGGUUGGGGACCCCGUACUGCGUUCCCAAGCUGCGGAUGUAGACCCAGCAACUAUUUCUAGCCCCGAGGUACAAGGCGUCAUCAAAACUAUGGUAAAAGUGAUGCGAAGGCUGGAAUGUGUUGGACUGAGCGCGCCUCAGGUUGGGGUGCCUUUACGCAUCGUGGCGCUGGAGUACCCCGUGAAGAUGAUGGAAGAGAGCUCACCUGCGUCCAGGGAGGCGCGGGGUCUCUCUGUCCAGCCCCUGAGGAUCUUCGUCAACCCAACUCUGCGUGUGUUGGACGGACGGACGGUUCUCUUCCAGGAGGCCUGCGAGAGCAUCUCGGGGUUCUCUGCCACGGUACCCCGCUACUUGUCUGUGGAAGUGUCAGGUCUGAACGAGAAGGCUGAACCUGUCAGUUGGCAGGUUAGUGGCUGGCCGGCCCGAAUCAUCCAGCACGAGAUGGAUCACCUGGACGGCCUGCUUUACCUUGACCGCAUGGAUAGCAAGACCUUUAUCAACAUCAAGUGGCAGACGCACAACGAGUAGCACGAGAACAUGGGCUGACUGCUCUAUCCUUCUCCAAAUAAACACAAAAAGAACAUAUCUGAUAAGAUCUGCUAAGCUAGGGACUGGGACCUGAACAAGGAUCCCCAAGCUGUACCUAAGAUCUAGUUAUUGACAUUUUAUGUAUGUGAAACGAUCAGUCCAAAUUUCUUCAUAAAUUAAGUCAACUUUUUUCAGUCAUGACAAAAGAUUAAGCACUAUGUGACCAUGUCCUGCCAAGGCAUAGUAUGGUGGUAUCAUACAUGGGACUGUAUUGAAAAAAAAAAAAAAAAAGCGUUUCAAACAUCAAAUGUGAUUUGACAUGUGUUUGGGCAAAUAGGCUGUGCGAUUCACCUGGUGUGGUUCGGAAGCCAUUGAAAAUACAAAUAAAUGACAACAAAAAGGUU